AUGGUUCCAUUAUUACUGCUUGUCUCAUCGUGCAUCUUAUUAAUGUAUUACUAUUGGACAAGACUUCAUACCUACUGGUUAAGAAAAAACGUUCCUUGUCCUAAAUUUUCGUUUUUCGGGAAUAAUCGAAAUGCAUCAAUACUGAAGAUUACAAUCGGUGAAAGUCUUCAGACGAUAUACAGAAAAUACGAAGGAUAUCCGUUCGUCGGUAUAUACGAGCUCGCAACCCCGGUCCUCUUGUUGAGAGAUCCAAAACUAAUUAAAUGUAUCCUCGUGAAAGACUUUGCCUGCUUUCAAAAUCGUGGCAUAGUGAUAAACGAACACACUGAUCCGCUUAGCGCACAUUUAAUUAAUCUCGACGGACCACGAUGGCAAAUAUUGCGCACGAAUCUCACAUCGGCCUUUACAAUCAGCAAAACUCGGCACGUAUUUAAAUUGAUCACAGAAGUGUCAGAACAGUUUAAGCAAUUUGUAGACCAAUAUGCAGACAAUGAAGAUCCUGUCGAAUUUCGCAAUCUUGCUGCCAAGUUUGGCAGCGAGAUCAUGGCAAGCUGUUACUUCGGGCUUAAAACUAACACGAUACAAAAUGAUGAUUCCGAAUUUCAAAAAAUGUGUAAAAAGAUCAUGGAUCCAUCGUUCAAGAUAGCGAUUACGAGAUAUAUACGUGAUUACAUGCCCAAAAUAUUCAAAUGGUCAUCGAUCAGCUUAGCAUCUCAGGAUGUUACCGCCUACUUUACGGGAAUAGUAAAAGAAAUAAUUACACACAGGCAAGUGAACAACAUAACACGAAAUGAUAUUAUGCAAAUUUUGAUAGACUUGAAAUGUGAGAAAACAAAGAUAGAAGAUGCGCUAGCACAAAACAAGGCAUCCGAAUCUAAUGAUAUAGUCAUCGAUGACAGGCUUAUCACAGCCCAGGCUUUUAUAUUCCUUGUGGCUGGCGAUACCCCAUCGGGGACUAUAAGCUUCACUAUGUAUGAAUUAGCUGCUAAUUCUAAGAUUCAAGAAAAGUUGUACGACGAAAUACGAACUGUCUAUGAGAAGCACGGUUGUUUUUCUUACGAUAUUAUAUCCGAAAUGAAGUAUCUCGAUUGCGUCGUUCGCGAAGCACUUAGGAAGUAUCCGCCCACUGGUGUGAUACACAGAGUCUGCGGAAAAUCAUACAAAAUUCCCGAUUCGGAUGUUGUUUUAGAAAAAGGUACAAAAGUUCUCGUGCCUAUUUAUGCAAUUCAUCAUGAUCCGCUUUAUUAUAAAAAUCCAGAUACAUUCGAUCCGGACCGAUUUAUUGAAAAUAAGAAGCUUUAUAAUGACACAUAUCUACCUUUUGGUAAUGGACCACGAAUUUGUAUUGGAAUGAAGCUUGGUUACAUUAUAACAAAAGUAUUUCUCGUUACUCUUAUGGCGAAUUAUAAAGUGGAACUAAGUGAGAAGACUGCUAUUCCAUUACAGUUUAAACCGACUAGUGUUACGUUGAGAAUGUUAUUGCUGCUAGUUUCCUUAUGCAUCUUACUACUAUAUUACUACUGGACGAGACUUUAUACAUACUGGUUAAGAAGAAACGUACCUUGUCUUAAAUUUUCGUUUUUCGGAAAUAGCCGAAAUGCAUCGAUGCUGAAGAUUACAGUCGCUGAAAGUCUUCAGAUGAUAUAUAAAGAGUACGAAGGAUAUCCGUUCGUCGGUAUAUACGAGCUCGCAACACCGGUCCUCCUGUUGAGAGAUCCAAAACUAAUUAAAUGUAUCCUCGUGAAAGACUUUGCCUGCUUUCAAAGUCGUGGCAUAGCGAUAAACGAACACGCUGAUCCGCUUAGCGCACAUUUAAUUAAUCUCGACGGGCAACGGUGGCGAAAAUUGCGCACGAAGCUCACAUCGGCCUUUACAACAAGCAAAACUCGACACGUGUUUGAAUUGAUCAAAGAAGUGUCAGAAAAGUUUAAGCAAUUUGUAGACCAAUAUGCAAACAAUGAAGAGCCUGUCGAAAUUCGAAAUCUUACUGCCAAGUUUACCAGUGAGAUCAUUGCAACCUGUUUUUUCGGACUCAAAAUUAACACGAUACAAAAUGGUGAUUCCGAAUUUCGGAAAAUAUGCAAAAAGGUCGUGGAUCCGUCGUUAGAGAUAGCAAUGAAGAGAUACAUACGCGAUUACAUGCCCGGAAUAUUUAAAUGGUUAUCGGUCUGCUUAACACCUCGAGAUGUUACCGCCUACUUCACGAAGAUAGUAAAAGAAAUAAUUACACACAGGCAAAUGAACAAUAUAACACGUAAUGAUAUUAUGCAAACUUUGAUAGACUUAAAAUAUAAGAAAUCAAAGAUGGAAAAUGCGCUAGCACAAAACGAGACAUCCGAAUCUAAUGAUAUAGUCAUCGAUGACAUGGUCAUUGCAGCUCAGUCUUUUAUAUUUUUUCUGGCUGGCUUUGAAACCUCAUCAACGACUAUGAGCUUCACUAUGUAUGAGUUGGCUGCUAAUCCUAAGAUUCAAGAAAAGUUGUACGACGAAAUACGAGCCGCCUACGAAAAGCAUGGCUAUUUCUCUUACGAUAUUAUAUCCGAAAUGAAGUAUCUCGAUUGCGUCGUUCGCGAAACACUUAGAAAGUAUCCGCCCGUUGGUGCGACACAAAGAAUCUGCGCAGAAUCGUACAAAAUUCCCGAUUCGGAUGUUGUUUUAGAAAAAGGUACAAAAGUUCUCGUACCUAUUUAUGCAAUCCAUCAUGAUCCGCUUUUUUAUAAAAAUCCAAAUGUAUUCGAUCCGGACCGAUUUAUUGAUGAAAAUAAGAAGCUUCAUGAUAAUGACACAUACCUACCUUUCGGCAAUGGACCACGAAUCUGUAUUGGAAUGAAGUUUGCUUAUGUCCAAACAAAAGUAGGUAUCGUUACUCUUAUGGCGAAUUAUAAAGUGGAACUAAGUGAGAAGACUGCUAUUCCAUUACAGUUUGAACCGACUAGUCUUACGUUGGCAAGUAAAUCUGGAAUAUGGUUGAGAAUUCGUCGUCGUUUACAAGAAUAA